AUGGAUAAUUCGAAUGGCAAAACUUCAAAACCUCAAAGACCUACAAGUUUAGAUCUAAAUUUAAAAUCUCAUGGUCUAGAUUUAACAGAAAUGUCAAUAUCUCCAACGUCAUCAUCAGAUAACUCUAAUAUUCCUUUAAUAUCAGAUGAUAAUGACCAAAAAAUGGAAUACCAUCCCGAAUUAGAUGUUAAUCAGAACUCUACAAAUACACUUGGAUUUCCUAGUAAUAACUAUAGACAAAAAUCUCUAUAUCAAUUGAUUUCUUCACCUCCUUCUACGUCAAGUAAACCUAAAAACUUAAUGGAAGCAUUGCUGGUUGCUAAAAUGGAACAGGCUGCUCUUGGUCGCCCGACCAGACAACUAGUGAGGACAGACAGUGCAGAUUCUGCUAGUUCUGUUGCAUCUGUCAAUUCUACAACUACUAGCGAUGUUUGUAAGUGUGAUGAUUGCUUGCUAGGAAUUGGGGAUUACUGGCAACAAGAUGCUAGUAACGAUAAAAAGGAAAAGGUAAGAAAAAUAUGUUCUUAG